AUGUGUCUCGGACUGGGAUCGCUCGCCUGUUGUGUAACGGGCCAAGCAGCUUCGUGUCUUUGUUCUGCAUGUCCAUCAUGCAAAAACUCAACGAGUGCGCGACUGAUGUAUGCGCUUUUUAUGCUCCUCGGAAGUAUUCUUGCGAUGAUUAUGUGCACAAAUGGACUAGAAGACGCGCUCCGAAAAGUUCCCAUGCUCUGCAAGGGCACCCGCAAUGAUGGAAUUUCUGACGUCACAGCCCAACUCGACAGUCUUAUUGGCACGCAGACAACUGGCGAUGGCGCGAUUGACUGUACUCGACUCGUCGGAUUCGAGGCCGCUUACCGAGUCUGCUUCGGAAUGUGCUGCUUCUUUUGGCUCUUCAUGAUUUUGAUGCUGGGCACACGAAGCUCGAAGGAUCCUCGCUCUGGAAUUCAAAAUGGUUUUUGGGGAAUCAAGUUUCUUAUUCUCGCAGCUUUUAUCACCGCCGCCUUCUUUAUCCCAUCCGAGCCAUUCGAUCAGGUCAUGUACGUGUUUGGACUCAUCGGCGGAUUGGCCUUUAUUUUGAUUCAACUGGUGCUCUUCAUUGAUUUUGCGUAUCGAAUCAACGCCUGGGCAGUGCAGAACAUGGAAGAUGCCGACGACGAGCGCGACCAAAAAUGUUGGUUCGCAGGGCUCAUUUUUGCUACAUUCUCGAUCUUCGUCCUGACAAGUGUCGCCAUUGGAUAUCUCUUUUACUUUUACGGUGGCAACUUUACGGAGACAACAAACUCCUGCAGCCUACACAAAUUCUUCAUCAGCUUUAAUAUGAUCCUUUGCUUUAUAAUUUCUGUCGUUUCGAUCCUUCCCAAGGUACAGGAGCAUAACCCGGCAUCUGGACUCCUCCAGUCUGCAGUUGUUUCUGCUUACGUUAUGUUCUUGACUUGGUCUUCGAUGUCGAAUUCGCCCGAGCUCGAUUGCAAUCCAAGCAUCGCCAGCAUCCUCAACAUUACUGAUGGCGGCCAGCCAGACCCAAACACUGAUCCGACUCAAGGAAUAACUGGAUUUAACGCCCAAUCUAUCGUUGGCUUGAUUCUUUUCUUCUUGGCAGUCCUCUGGUCCUCCCUUACCAAUUCCUCCGCAGCAACUUACGAAAGACUGAAUGAAGGCUCUGGAAAACCCGCUGAAGCGGACACAGUUGUAAUGACAGAUCAAAGCGAUCCUGAAGGCGGAACCUGGGACGACGAAGAAGACGCUACUCAAUACAGCUAUAGCUAUCUGCACUUCAUGUUUUCCCUUGGAACUCUUUACAUUAUGAUGACAUUGACUUACUGGUUCAAUAUCUCUCAAGCCGCGGAAGCCAGCAAGGACAAUAAUCCGCUUGUCAUCGCCGGAUGGGCUCCCGUGUGGGUAAAAAUGUGUUCCGCCUGGGUGUGCGUUUUGCUCUACACUUGGACCAUGAUUGCUCCGGCUGUUCUCCAAGAUCGCGACUUUGGAUUCUAA